AUGUCUGAACUGCAGCAUGUGAAGAGAACUGGUAAAAAAUACAAGAGAUGUAGUAAGCACAGAAUUACAGAGAUAGUAACUCUAGAACUACAGAGACAGUUCUCCAGAACUACAGAGACAGUGAACAAUGUGCCACGUGCAUACUCUUCCAACCCACUCCGCUGCACGGCACCAGAGGGACUCGGUGCCCGGCUUAUUCCCAGAGGCACGGAGAGCUCUCAGCCCAGGGGAGCUCUCAGCCCGUCCGUGGGCUCUCCCUGGUUCGGGCGUUCCAUCGCAGAAAGGCUGGCAUACACUACGACCACAAUUUCAGACAGCAGCGCCGCCAAGCAACAAGCUGCACACCCCGCUCUUCCUUUAAGCUCUUCCGUGGCAGCCACGUGCGACUCCACCUUUCCCGUGCCCCGGCGCCGCGGGCUGACCCCUGCAGAGGGUUCACCCCCGCCCGCCCGGGGCCGCCCUGAGGGCUCCGCCCGCCCCCGGGCAGCCCCUGCGCGGGCCCGCGGGCGGCCCCGCGGCGCGCGGCGCUGCCCCGUGACCCGGAGCGCGCAGCGCCAUUGGCCGCGCAGCGCGGGCUCGAGGCGCUCGCGGGGAGACUUCGCACUUCGGCUGGGCUCGGCUCAGCUCUGCUCUGCGGGCUCUGCCGCGUCUCUAAGGCGGUCCAGGGGCUCCGACAUGCUCUCCCUCCUUUCUAAGGCGGUCUCCUACUUGUGGAGACGCGCAGAUGACGAAGAUGAGAGAUGGGCGACCUCUGGUGACAAAGCGUUGAGAAGCGUACAAGGAGUAGUGACAAGACUUUGCCAUGAUUAUGGGAUGAUAGAUGACACUAUAAUCUUCACAAAGGAUGUUGUUACAAAAAACAUAUUGCUGGCUGUUGGACAAGAAGUUAUUGCCACUGUGGAAGAGGAUAAAACAUCAGGUGGCCUGAAGGCUGUCAGGGUAGACACCAUCCAGAAUACACAAGAAGACUCCCGUCCUGCUUGUGAUGCCUCUGAACUGAAUAAGAAAACAUUAAUUGGCAGUAUUACCUCUCUCUCUGUGGAUGGUGGCUAUAUUAAUCAGAAUACAUAUUUUGCAAUGCAAGAUGUCUGGGAAGAUUUCAAACCCUGUGAAGGUGACUGGGUGCAAGCAAAAUAUUAUAUUAACUCGACAACAUGGAAGACUGAAGCAGUUGCUGUAAGGCCUUUGAGGUAUAAACAAGUAAACAAGGUUCGCAUUUCCAGCGUCUGUGGAAGAACUGGGACAGUAGAUGACAGUAUAUUUUUCACUUUGGAUUCACUGAGACUUCCUGAUGGUUACUUUCCUCGUAUACAUGAUCUAGUGAACACGAUUGUGGUGGAGAGCAGUCAGUCCUGUUACAUUUGGAGAGCUCUCUGCUUGGUGCCAGUCAGCCAGGAUGGACAAUCUCACUCUAAUGAAGGUAAUGUGGAUGAGCCUUAUGAAGACAUAAUGAGAGACAAAGGAGAGUUGAAAGUAUCAAGAGUGACUGACUUUGGAACUCUGAAGCAGGGGGAAUCUAAAAGAAUGAUUGUUUGGAUAGAGAAUAAAGGGAGCGUACCACAGUCCUUAAUCAGCUGCAGAUUAGCUGGAUGGGUGAAAGACAAGCAAUUCAGUGUUGAGAUUCCUCAGAACUGUGAGAGCAGUCCAUCUUUUCCAAUAAAUCAAGAAAACCUCUCAAAAGCUGCAGUUAAUUCAUUUAACAACAGUGGAGGAACAGCGUGUGAGUCAUUGAACCAUACAUCCAUUUUGAAGAAUGAAGUCAUUCCAGAAGGAAUUAAUUUUCAAGACACAAAUUUGUCAAGGACAAAGGAAAAUAAUUCCUUGGUUGAAGGUGAAAAUACACAAAAUGGAGAAAGUGAGCAAAAAGACCAUGAGGACCAACCAACUAAGCACAGCAAUAUUACUCCAGAAAUUGUGAUAGCACCAGGUGAAAAAAUAUUCAUAGUGAUUAUAUGCACAGCUGUGAUUCAUGGACACAGUAAAGAGCUCCUGUUGCUUGGCUUUUCUGAUUUUACUGUUGGCCGCUAUAUUGAAGCCACUGUAACAAAUGACGAAGAAUUACUUAUAGCACCUGUACAACCUUAUUCUCCAGGAAAGCCUAAAAAUAUUCCAGAUUCUCAGCUAAGGAAGACAACAGUGGCUGCCCCUAAACACAAAAGAAAUAAGAGAAGGUGGUGUUCAAACUUUCUCCCGCAUUAUACCAUACCAGAUGAGUUAAGAAAAUGUGUGGAACAGCAGUUAGACAUACUGACCUUUCAGCCCCUGCUAGCAGAGCGUCUUAAUCUAGAUAAUUAUAAAGCAAACUUUUCUACUCUUUUGUGGCUUGAAGAGAUCCAAGCAGAAAUGGAUUUAAAAGAUUACUACAUGAGUGGGGUUACUUUAAAAAGGAAUGGGAACUUGUUAGUGCUGGAAGUGCCAGGAGUAGAGGAGGGCAGACCUCGCCUGAUUCCAGGUGAUAAGGUGAUACUGAGAACUCAGGUCUACUCCGAUCAUAUAAUAGAGUACAUUGCCUAUGUUGCUGAGAUCUGUGAGGAAGAUGUUACUCUUAAGGUUAAUGCUGACUUUGAACGUGCUUACAACUUGGAGCCCAUGGAUGUGGAAUUUGUUCAUUGCAGUAUUCCUAGCAGGCGAUGCCAGUUGGCUGUUCAGCAAGCUCUCUACCUGGGUGAAAAAGUGUUAUUUCCAGAAAGACUUGUGUUACAAUCACCACAAGCUAUCAAGACCCUGAAUACUGAAGAGUACUGUGCUGUUGAUGAUGGCCUUAAACAAUCUACAGAGCAGGAAAAUAAGGUCAAAAAAAAACAGAACAAACAGACAAAAGGUAUGACAUCAAGGGAGGUGAACAUAACAGUGGUGAUGAUAGUAACUCUGCAAACAAGCCAAAUUGUUGGUGAAACUGUGGCACUUAAACAGAGAGAUGGUGAAUUUUUCAAUCCUGUGCUGAAUGUGCAACAGAAACUGGCAGUGAAAAGGAUACUGAGUGGUGAAUGUCGCCCAACACCUUAUCUUCUCUUUGGACCACCAGGAACUGGAAAAACAGUAACAGUAAUUGAAGCUAUUUUACAGAUACACUUUACUCUCCCAGACAGUCGGAUUUUGGUAUGUGCACCAUCAAAUGCUGCAACAGAUCUGAUUUGCUUGCGGCUGCAUCAAAGCAAUCUCUUAAAACCAGGAACUAUGGUUCGAGUUAAUGCUGCCUUCAGGUCAGCAGAGCAAAUUGAUGACAUGGUGAAACCUUACUGCAAAGAUGGUGAUGAUAUUCAGAAGGCAUUGUGGUCCAGGAUUGUAAUUACAACAUGCAGCAGUGCAGGAUUGUUUUAUCAAACAGAUACACGGCUUGGGCAUUUCACUCAUGUGAUUCUGGAUGAGGCAGGUCAAGCAAGUGAACCGGAAAGUCUCAUUCCUAUUGGGUUGAUUUCAGAAGCUGAUGGACAGAUAAUUCUCGUUGGAGAUCCGAAGCAGUUAGGGCCAGUAAUAAAAUCUAGACUUGCACAAUCCUUUGGAUUAAAUAUGUCCUUGCUAGAAAGACUGUCAUCAAGAGAGCUAUAUCUGAGAGAUGAGGAUGCUUUUGGUGCCUGUGGAGCAUACAAUCCUUUGUUGAUCACUAAACUCACAAAGAACUACAGGUCACAUUCUGCGUUGCUUGCCUUGCCAUCUAGAUUGUUUUAUCAUAAGGAGCUAGAAGUUUGUGCAGAUACCUCAGUAGUGACUUCUUUCUUGAAUUGGGAGAAAUUGCCCAGGAAGGGAUUUCCAUUAAUUUUUCAUGGAAUAAGGGGCAGUGAAACACGUGAAGGUCACAGUCCUUCAUGGUUUAAUCCAGCUGAAGCAGUUCAAGUAAUGAUGUACUGUUGCCAGCUGGCUCGAAGUGAAUGCUCUGCAGUACCAGUGACAGAUAUUGGAGUGAUUGCACCAUACCGUAAGCAGGUGGAAAAAAUUAGAUUUCUUCUCAGAAGUAUUGAUUUGGAAGACAUAAAGGUUGGCACAGUAGAAGAGUUUCAAGGGCAGGAGUACAUGGUUAUCAUCUUAUCAACAGUGCGAUCUCAGAAAGUCGUAAUUGAUGAUGAAAAACACUCUUUGGGCUUUCUCUGUAACCCAAAGAGAUUUAAUGUAGCAAUUACUAGAGCAAAAGCUUUGCUGAUUGUCGUGGGAAAUCCUCACGUUCUUGUGAAAGAUCCCUGUUUUUCUGCACUAUUAGAAUACAGUAUAAUGAACAGAGUUUAUAUAGGUUGUGACCUGCCCGCAGAGCUGGAACGCCUGCAGAAAGAACAGUAUGGCUGAAUCCUCCAGGCUUCAGGAGAAAAGUAUUGAAGGACUCCUACGUCAGCUUUUCCAUAUUCUGUAAUUGUUUCAGCUUCUCAGUUUUCGCAGACUUGUGUAGUGCCACCUAAAACUGGACCGUCCUAAGAACAUAAAUGUGUGUCAUUGUUGUGGGAGUGUUACAUAUAUGUAUGAUGUGAACUGGAAUGAUACAUUAAAUAUCUCCGCUCAACUGAUACUGAGUACCUUAAGCCAAAACCCUACUUCCAGUUUUUUAUGCCUUUGUAUAUACAGCUGGGAUCACACAGGGUGUUCUUAGUUUCCACUGUAGUUUAGCUAUCUGCUGUGGUGUAUGUCAGAGCAAUGGCUUAAAUGGUGGGUUAAAGAAAAAAAGAAAAUUAAACCUGUUUUGCCUUCCUGUAAAUGAAUAGAAUAAAAAAAUAGAAUAAAGUGUUGUGUUCUAUUUUGGCAAAAUUAAAAUAAAAUUAUAGGUUAGCAGUA